UUAAAAAUAAAGCUGAGAUUUUUGACAAAAGAGCCUAUAAAUAUACAAAGCACACCAAGAAAACCCCAAGACUAUACAUAAAUUCAUACAGAAAAAGAAGAGAUGGGAGUAACAAAGGAGCAGGUUGAGUCAUCUCUUAGGUCAAAGCUCAGUCCUUCCCAUCUUGACGUUGUUGACACAUCUGGGGGUUGUGGUGCCAGUUUUGCUGUUGAAAUUGUAUCGGACCAGUUUGAAGGGAAGAGGUUACUGGAGAGGCAUAGGAUGGUGAAUGCUGCAUUGGUGGAGGAAAUGAAGGACAUCCAUGCUCUAUCCAUAACUAAAGCUCUGACCCCCGAGCAGCAAUUGAAAAAGCAGCAGGAGUCGGAAAAAUCUCAAGUUGCCAUUUGAAACUAUUCAUAUUCUAUAAUGACCGCCUUAGACAAAGCCUGAUGACAAAACAUACUGGAUUGUAAUAAAUAAAGAGUUGGAUGUAUGCUUUACUUGCUGGAAUUUGCAUGUAGAUGACUUUUUGCAUUUUAUUUUGAAACUUUCUAAGAUUAUAAUUGCAUAUAACGAAAAUAUCAGGGGAAGUUCAUUUUA